AAAACGGAUAUUGUUCUGUCUAGCUGCUUUGCGUUUUCCACAUUCCAGUCUACAGUCUUCCUCACCUUAAAAUAAAAUUUAUGGGAAUACCUUGUGGGUUUUGUUGAAGGUUGAGAGCAUGUUGAUGUCGGGUUUUACACAUUUUCUUACUAAAUGACCACUUCCACGGUGUACUUCUGCCACAAUUUAAAGCUACCCCUAACCUCCUUAUUCUCUGUCGCUUGGCGUAAUCAACCUAGUUUUUUUGUUCGAUUCAGUUGCAAACGAAAACGGUUUUGUGGGUUCCUCGCAAAUGCGGAAAACGACAAUAACGAAUAUUCUAGGAAAAGGAAAACAAGCUGGUGGGGAAGGUUCUUUUUCGAGGAUGACGGUAAUUGGCUUGGUCUCAAGGACGAUGACAUGGUGGAGGAAGUUGGGGAUAUGUUGUCAGAUUCGGAGGAGGAUGAGGAGUUGUUAGGGGGAGGCAAAUUUGAGGCAUGGAAGAGGAGGGCUGAGGCCAUAAUCGAGUUGAGGGAAGCGCAAGAAGAUAUGAGGAAUGAGGAGAGCAGAAGAUGGGAAGAUUGGAUUGUUGUUGCGGAUGGGGAUGAUAACAAGCUUGGUUCUGCAAAUGACUGGGAUGAUGGUGGCGGUGGAGGUGGCCUUGGCCUUGGCCUUGGCGUUGGGGAGGAAAACGGAAACGGUUUGGUUCGGUCUGUCAGAGAUUUGGUUAUUGGGAGGGGAGAUGAGGAUGUCUUGUACGAGGAUCGUGUUUUUCGAUAUGCCUCCUUCAAUUCGGCUAAGUUUUUGGCAGCGCUGUUAAUUGUACCCUUGGCCUUGGAUUUUGUGGUUCAUGACUUUGUUCUUAUGCCGUUUUUGGACAGAUAUGUGAAGACUGUGCCAUUGGCAGAAGAGAUUCUUGAUGUCAGAAGAAAUCAAAAGCUUGAAAUGGUUAAGCAACUACAGGUUGAAAAAGCAAGGUUCCGUUUUGAGGUGGAGAUAGGUAAAUCUCCUCCUCUUUCAGACGAAGAACUUUGGUGGGAAUUGCGGCGUAAAGCGUUAGACUUACGAGACGAGUUCAGAUUAGAGAACCGUAAAGCAUUUGCCAACAUAUGGUCAGAUAUGGUAUUUGGCAUUUCACUGUUCCUUGUCUUACACCUCAAUCAAAGUAAGGUGGCUUUGCUGAAAUUUGCAGGUUACAAAAUAAUAAGUAAUAUUUCAGAUACUGGAAAGGCAUUUCUCAUUAUACUGAUUACAGACAUUUUUUUAGGGUAUCAUUCUGAAUCGGGUUGGCAGACUUUGCUUGAGAUAAUUGUUGAGCAUUAUGGACUCCAAGUUGAUCAGUCUGCUAUAACGGUUUUUGUCUGCCUGAUUCCGGUUGUUAUUGAUGCUUGUGUGAAGCUUUGGUUGUUCAAGUCUCUUCCCAGGUUAUCCCCAAGAGUUUCAAAUAUAUUCCGGGAAAUGAAACGCCAUUAGUGAUUCUUUUAUUCUGGAAUCUGGAGGGUCCUGUCAUGAUUUGGGGGAAUAGAGUGUGACUAAUUUUUUUUGGAUUUAUCUUAAGUAUUAGCUAAUUGGGAAAAUGAAGCUUAGCGUGGAGCUUAUUUCCUUUUUAUUAUAUACAAUAAUGCAAAGGAGUGGGUAACCCGAAAGAUAAUAUAAUUAGUAUCAUUAUUAUGACCAGUGAUAUGUCAGAGCUAGGCCUUGAUUCUUGAA